AUGGACACCGUGAGAUCGGCUGGAUCGACCUCAUCAGCAGCACCAACAUUCAGCAGACGACGCAUGGAGAAAUCGCUUGCAGAAGAGCUUGAUGAUGCAUUCCGCGAUGUAGACCUUGGCCCGGCGGAUAUCCUCGAGCCGAUGGAGCAUCCGAAAAGCAGCCAUGAGGUGGUCACCGAGGACACCAGAAGAGUCGAGGACGUGGUCCCACAAGAGCACGUGGCACCCCUAGCUACCCGUCAGUCAAACUCCCCAGCAAUCGCUAAUGCUGAUCCAGACUCCCCUGCUACCUUGAUGGGUGACGACCAGCGGUCUCCUAUCGCGAACACCAUCAGCAAUGCCACGCUUAGGCAAACACCCAGAAAGAGCAAUUUUGUUGAGGACCUCAGUCCAGUCAACUCCUCAUCCCAGCCCGUGUAUCUCAAAGAUUGUCGAAAACUUACAGCCUCGAAACACAAUCGCGAGCUCAUUGACAGGAAUGCCGACGGCUUCUUUAAAAUGGAUACUAUGCCCAGUGUGACAGAUGUCCGGCGACGUGUUCAACAGUCCGAUGGAAUCGCGGCCCUGCAGAGGACUCUUGUCCCUACAAAAGUUUCUGACGCAGCUUCGUCCAGCACACGCAACUCUCACGCCUCGUCUUCCACGACGGUGGACUCAGUGAAACGUCCCUCGGCACUUCGACAAGUCACUUUCGCCAAGUCCAGUGGUCGCAAGCCUGAUAGGAGUCAGGGUCCAUAUCCAUACACUACCGACCGACCCCGGGCUACAUCUCGCUUCUCCCUAGCGCGAGAUCUGGUAGCCGCUGGCCACAGAAAGAAGCUUUCAGAGCCAUCAGCACCUGCCAGAUUCGUGAGACUGCCAACUGACCCCGUUGUUCACUUCAAACGGAGCUUCGGCGAAUCUGGUCUCAAGCUCAGGAUUCCCGAACCGGAGCCGGAUGAGUAUGAAGGAGAUGAUUCUGGAUCCGUCACCUCCUUACCGGACGUUGACUCUGCAGGUGAUCUCAAGUUCCGACCACACGACUCCGAAGCCCGAGACGUUGCCCUCAAGUUCGAAUUCGGCAUCCCACGCGCAUUCAUCUCAAACCAGUGCCUCGAAUCCUCAUGCCCCAUGAGAUGGGCGCACGCCAAAGGCCCCUACCACCACAUGGGCAACCGACACAACAAGAUAAUGACCGGGCUCUUCGGCCACAGCAACCCGCCGCCAGAAAUCUGGAAUGCGUAUCGGAACAUGGUUCACCUGACGUGCGACGGUGAAGUUAUAUCGCCCGAUGGACGUCCUGAGCCGAAAGCGGAGGAUGACCUGGUCAUUGCGUUCGCGAUGUUUCAUUAUGGGGGGUUGAAUGGGAUGAGUGGGGUGGAGUUUCAUCGGCGGUAUGCGGGCCAGCACUUGUCUUCUCGGGUUGCGCUACGGUCUAGGAGUACCAGUUCAUCAGAAGGCACCGGUCACCUUAUCAUCAAAGAACGCCGAGCUCAACGAGCUUCUGCAAUACCACGAAUCUUCCUCAUCAGCGAGUACUCACAUCUGAGCGUACCUACGAAAAUGUCCACCACCCCAAACACAGCUCAACCCACAGCCUCUCCUUCUACCUCAAACGCAUCUUCCACAGCCAACUCAAGUACGCAAGACCACAAGCAAGCCUCUGCCUCUCAUGCGACCUCAAACCCACCGCCGAACGCGCCUCUUCCAGACUCAGACUCCGACCUCUCAGACGCACCAGACAGCCCCGUCUACCCUACCUUCACAAACUCCCCAACCCUCCUCCGCAACGCGCCUCCUUCAGACACAGACUCCGAACUUUCCGACGCACCCGACAACCCUGUCUGGCCUGAGGCUCCCCGAGUUCCACCAACGCCGCCUCGUUGCACCGAACUAGACUGUCCCGUAAGGCAGGCAAUCCGUCGUCAUAAUCAAGGGCCAUACCUCCACAACGGCGAGCAGCCGUGGAUAAAAAAGACUAUGUUCGGGGAGAGCAAUCCGCCACCCCAUGUGUGGGAGUCGUGGAUGAAGAUCCAGGCUGGGGAUCGUAGCAGUACUGUCGAGGAUGACUGGAACGUUUUGUCGUUCCUUAGAUGGCACGUUCGUGAUCCAAGUACCAAUGUCAAGGGCAACUGA